AUGAGUCUGCGAGGCAGUUCAAAAUGGGGCAAGCUGCUACGCAAGCCUGACGGAUCCGACAAGAACUUCAGGCUCAACGAAGAUGUCGUCGACUUUCUCAAACCAUCAACGGAAAAGGAGAGAAUCCCUGGCGAAGGCACGCGACAGCUGGCUGCUCCACGAAUCGACACAUCCGCUGCACAGAGAUGGCCAGAGGCUUCGGAUGUCAGGAGAGCUACUGUCAGUCCCCCUGCGACAUAUACAUCCAAGCCAAAGAGGAAGAAGAAUGUCAACGUCGCAUUCGUAAGGACACCACCAGAAAUCAUCGGAGAGGGCGGUGACGACUCGGAGGUUCCAGUGGUCGAGGUGUCAAGAGCAAGGGCAAGACUGGCCAGGUCACAGACGGAAAGGAGAGCUGUAGCCCCUGUGCUGGACACGCAGGUAGCAGAACAAGACCGUCAGGCUGCGGACUACCCCAUGAGCGCUCCUGCCGUCCGCAACGCCUAUCAACGCAAGAACUCGCUGGCCGAUCCGACGCAUCCAGUCAACCACCCCUUUUUCGAACCACAAUCUCAGCCUGUACCUCCUCCAGUUCCAGAGCAUGCCCCUGUACAACAAAGCCCUAGGCCAGGGUUGCUGAAGCGCGCUCCAACCACUUUUACCAACCUGGAAGAUAGCCCAGCUUCCCCCACGAGCGAUGAGGAAGUGCCACCCAUUCCACCGCACGUUGAACUUCCCAUGAAAACAAUAUACCCUCUAGAAUCUCCCAUCUCACCACCCAUAAUCGACAAUCGCGAAUUGGCCACCUUCUUGCAAGACUCUCCACCACAUCCUCGUUCCUUACCACCAAGGGAGGCUAAACGACAGAGCAUGAUCCGAGAAGAGGAGGGCCGAGUUCUACGUCGCUUGUCUAGACUCGACUAUGAUGAAGUCGCUCCAAAUGUACUGGACCCGCGUAGACCACCCAGCCCGAAUUCCCCUCCUCGACAGAGCAGGUCUCGUAGUCCACAGCUUCCAUCAAUCGUGCCGACUGAUUUCAACUUCGACACUCCGGAUCAUCUUCGGUCCGCUUCCCCUCAACAGCCAGCACCACCAAUAGUGCUACCUCACAGAGUACAUCCACUUCCCGAUGUUCCAGGGCAACACGAUGAUUCCAACCCAGUCACGAAACGGAACGUGCAACCAUCCUUCUCUUCCUCUCAUUACACCAACGACUCAACACACUCAGCAUCAAGCCAUCGACAACGGCUUCCCUCUGACUUCUUGGCCUCUUCAUCUCCUGCUUCUUCCGUCCGCUCAGCUUCUCUACAACCCAGCAACGCUUCGCGACCGCCGCAUGCUUCUAGUGUCCAUCCUUUGCCACAACCACCGAGCCGCGGUCCUAGCCCAAGUUACUUCUCGCAGCGUUCACUAGCACCUCAGACUUUGAAUGUCAAUGGCCUUACUCCUGGACUCACUCCGGGUAUAACUCCUGGACUCACCCCUGGCAUCCCUGGUAGUCUUCCUAUACCUUCGUACGACGCGAAUGGCAGAUCUGGAUCUGCCUUUUCUUACCGCAAUAUUUCUCCCCCUGAGCACGUGCAAGGUACUGCCGAGCAUGACGCUCUUUUCGACUUUGGCAUGCGGGUUGCACAUAUGAGGGGUGUGUUCCGUUUGACAGCCGAGCGCGAGAGAUCCAUCCAGAGUUGUACCAUUCGGGAGUGGAUUCGUGCUGCUAUUUGGUGGCUGCACAAAGGCCGUGCAGGUCUGACUGUUCAGAUUCGAAACACUCCCAAGGGAUUGAAUAGACCAGAGACUCUGACACAAGCACACGUUGAUGUUGCCAAAACGUGGUGGAUUCUUACCGAUGUUUUGUCUGGUGCAGACUCGCCGCACUCCAAAGUCGAUUCUCCACAGGAUACUCUCUUGCGCGAUAUGGACAUUGUACGAGCGAGCCUGCGUACCUUUAAUUUGUCAAUGAGUCGAAACAAUGUCAUGCCUCCUCAUCAGUCCUUGAUUCAAGGUCAAGACACGACAAUGUGGGUCGAGUAUCCACGUUUUGCUUCAGAUGUGGCAUCGCUUCUCCGCGGCAACACUUCUCAGACGCUCAUUGCUCAGGAACAGCUCGAAGAAGCGAAUCCUCUGGAAGCCUUGCCGCUCGGUGACACCAGAGAUACAUUCUGCUACAGUAGGAUGUUUGUCAGCGCAUCGAUCAAUACGGAAGAAGCAGACACUGAUCGUGUCGUUUUGCCUUGUGUUCUCACCAUGAUCAGAGGCAAGUCCGAGUUCCAGACUUCGGUCGUCAUCUCGAGUCAAGCAGAUCUGGUGAACCUCUCGAUCAGGCCUGGAGACGGUGGAUAUGGUAAAGGACCAACAUGGCACGAUGUCAGCUGGAAGUCCAAGGAGCAUGGUCUCUACAUUCGUCUUCCUCGAGGCUUCACACUCAAUCUCGCGUUCCAAGAGCCAGACUUUCGGUCAUUGUGGAGCAUGGUCGACUACACCAACAAAAUCUACAGCAGUAUGAAGCCAGAAGGUGACGAGCGGAUGAUACACAAGGCGCAUCUGCUUGAAAUCGCACACACUGAUUCGACGAAUCCUAGCGCAUUUUCCAAGGACAAAGUUCGGUCAUGCACGGCAUUUGUGUUUGAGAAGAGGCUUCAUGUUCGUACUGGGCUUGGUGAGACCAAUUUACAUCGUGGUUAUCGACUUCUGUUGAUGGCAAAUCCUGUCAACAAGUCUCUGACCAUGGCUGGCAUUCCUUUAUGCAGGACAACGCCUCUACUCUUCGAAAUGUCAGCAGAGACCGAACCUCCAAUCAUGCAUGUCCACACGCAAGACUCGAAGCGGCAGUGUAGGACCACUCUAGCUUUCAAGAGUGACCACGAACGCCAGGACUUUUAUGAGGUACUGCAGGGUAUUGCUACUGAUCAGAACGAGCAAGUUGUCGCCAGAGUUGGACUCCGAAGCAUGGUUGCGGAGACGUCGACUGGACAAGAUACGAUCGCAGGUGCUCUCCAGGGUCUCAGCUGGCAAGACGUACGAGUCGUGACGGACGCCAAUGCAGAAAUUGGACAAGAUCAAGGCGACAUGACAAUGUCGGAGCACUUCCGCUUGAUUGCCACGCAUAAUAGUCCUGGCGAGCUCUUGUUGCGACUUCCAGCCGUCAGUACGCCCAGUAUGACGCUUUUGCGCGCACCUGAGGAAGACCUGACUGCCUCGCUCGACAUUGGCAAGGCCCAACAUGGACGUGAAGGGUUGAAGAGACUGGUGCAAACAGCAGCAACAACACCAACCAUUCGCACCUUGACGUUCCCAUCCAUGGCAGAUCUGCACACGUUCCAAAAGGCGCUCACAAGAUACUCUGUCAGAUUUGAUGGGUCGGCUACCUUGUUCGCCAUUUCACGACGAAGAAUGGUCGUGCCAAUCUACAAGAAAUGGGAAGCGACAAAGGUCCGCAUACAAAUCCUGACACUUGGAAAUGUGACCAAGAUCGCAGCCUUCUUCGAAGACUUUAGCCAUGCAGAUGCCAUGGUCUUCCAAAUCAAAGCAGCAGACACGUUCGAAAAAGCCAAAGGAGACAAGCCAGCAAAAUAUUGUAUCAAAUUUGUGGAUGCCAAGUUCAGCUUGCCAAAGAAAGAGAAGGACGUUCAAGGAAGUGAAGAUGAACCGCCAUCAGACUCAAAGAUCUGGGGCAAAGGCGUGCGCCGCAAGUACAUCAACCUCGAAGGAUUGGAAUAUGCAGGAGAGCAUGAUGAUAUCACCAUUGGAUUCGAGACGGAAGAAGGUGAGAGUGAUUCCGUGACUGGACGACAAAGACAAAGAUGCUGA